UCGGGGUGUUUCUCUCCCCUUCCCCUCUCCCCACUUUCUCUCGGCUCCGCGACUCUGACGCCGGCAAGGUUUGGAGAGCGGCUGGGUUGGCGGGCCCCGCGGGCUGGUAGCAGCCUGCACUUGGCCGGGCUUUCCCCGCUGCUCCUCCCCUUCGCUCCCCGCCCUCCAGUCGCCGGUACACUUGAUCUGCCGAGCCCUUCGGCUGCCUCUCCGGGGCUUCCCCGGGCGCCCGCCCCCAGACCCAGCGCGCUCCUGCAGCUCGGCCAGUGCCUUGGCGGUGUUUGUUGCUCUUGGCUCCGAGGGCCGUCGCAGAGCUUACGGAAGGGGGUUGGGUUGGGUCGGGGCGUUUUGUUUUGUUCGGUUUUGUUUUCGGAGAGAGCCAGAGCGGCGGUAGUAGAGACUCGAGAGGAAGAUGUCAAACGUGCGAGUGUCUAACGGGAGCCCGAGCCUCGAGCGGAUGGACGCCAGACAGGCGGAGUACCCUAAACCCUCCGCCUGCAGAAACCUCUUCGGCCCGGUGAAUCACGAAGAGUUGACUCGGGACUUGGAGAAGCACUGCAGAGACAUGGAAGAGGCCAGCCAGCGCAAGUGGAAUUUUGAUUUUCAGAAUCACAAGCCCCUGGAGGGGAAAUACGAGUGGCAAGAGAUGGAAAAGGGCAGCUUGCCCGAGUUUUACCACAGACCCCCGCGGCCACCCAAAGGCGCCUGCAAGGUGCCGACACAGGAGAGCCAGGAUGUCAGCGCGAACCGCCAGGCAGUGCCGUUAAUAGGGUCUCAGGCAAACUCAGAGGACACACAUUUGGUAGACCCAAAGACUGACACAGCAGACAGCCAGACGGGCUUAGCGGAGCAGUGCGCGGGGGUACGGAAGCGACCUGCAGCAGACGAUUCCUCUACUCAAAACAAAAGAGCCAACAGAACAGAAGAAAAUGUUUCAGAAGGUUCCCCGAAUGCCGGUUCAGUGGAGCAGACGCCCAAGAAGCCGGGCCUCAGAAGACGUCAAACGUAAACCAAUUGAAUUAAGGGUUUGUUUCCUUGUUUAUCAGAUACAGCACUGCUUGAUGAAGCAAGGAAGAUAUAAACGAAAAAAUUUAAAUACAUAUCGCUGACUCCAUGGAAUGGACAUCCUGUAUAAGCACUGAAAAGCAACGACACAAUAACACUAAAAUUUUAGGCACUCUUAAGUGAUCUGCCUUUAAAAGCAUUGGAUGUAGCAUUGUGCAAUUAGGUUUUCCUUAUUUGCUUCAUUGUACUACCUGUGUAUAUAGUUUUUAUCUUUUAUGUAGCACAUAAACUUUGGGGAAGGGAGGGCAGGGUGGGAGUAAGGAAUUGGCAUGGGAGGUUUCAAGAGCUUGCUUCAGUUUAGAGCAAGAAGAAAAAAAAACUAAUUGACUUGCAUGAAGAGAAGCAAUUUUGGGGAAGGGUUGGAAUUAUUUUCUUUAAAGAUGUAAUGUCCCUUUCAAUGAGAAGUGGUACUUCAUUUUUAAAAUGAUCAAAAUUUCAACACUGGCUAUAAAUAAUUGCUAUUUAUUUUUACAUGAAGCCUAUUCUCAUUUGGGAGCUCUGAUGAUUCUGUUAUGUAGCCAUAAAAGGCUUUUAAAAAAUAACAACAAAAAACUG